UUUUGGUCCUGGGUUCGUUUCUCGUGUCUUGGAAAAUUUCCUUAAACAUCUCAGGAAGAUCUUCUCUCAAACAUCUUAGAGACUGGGAUAUCCCUGCUACCCCUACUCAGUGUGACCAAAUAAUUUUUAAAAUUUGAAUAUUAAAGGAAGCCGUUGUGUUAAUAUGUAUAACGUAAUUUGAGUGGUUUUUCAACGCAAAACUUAAAAAACUUUUUGUAAUUUAUUUAAAUUUUAUUUCAAAAAUUAUUUCAAAAUUUUAUUUUAAAAAUUUAAUGCAUUAAAUAAGAUAGAUAAAAAAUCAAUUUAAAAAAAUUUUUUUCUUCCCAAAAAUCAAUUUUUCCACCCCCAAUAAAAUUUUUUUUAUAAAAAUCCCCCUCCACAAGCCCUUUCAAUUUAACCCACUUCCGUUAAAAUUUUUCUCCACCUUCGUCAAUUUUUCGAUUUUUUCAAAAAUAAAAAAUCCCCCCUCCCCCUUCACUCUCUUUGUUUGAAUUUAUCAAAAAAUAUUUUUUGUUAAAAAAAUUUUUUAAAUAGAAAAACUCCGCCUAUUAAAAUUAUAUAUUUUUUAUUCAUUUUUAAAUUUAAUUUAAUAAUUUUUAUAAAAUCAAAAAAAUUUGCGGACAGAAACUUGCGGAUAAAUAAUAAAUGCUUAAUAAUUAAGAAUAAAUAAUAAUUAAUUUCUUUGAACCUCCCAGGAAUGACAACGGGGGAUAAGGUGGAUUUAGAGUGAUAUCGAGAACUUAGAGCUGAGAUGGCUUAGAGUUGUUCAUGUUUAUGGACCGUUAGAUUGAAAUUUUUAUUAGACCUAAAAGCUGAAAAACCCCUUAUGCCCUAGUGACUGAAAAAAUAUUUCUUAUAAUGAGCGUAGAUUAAAUAGGGGGUGUCGUUUGGCAACUCCUUCAAGGGAUAUAGGGGAUUUCUGAGAGAUAUCCGAGGCAUAGAGAGACAUUUGGAGGGAUAUCUGGGGCAGGAGGGAGGGAUAUCUAGGAGAGAGGAUAUCUGGAGGGAGGGAUAUCUAGGAGAAAGGGAUAUCUAUUUGAAGGGAUAAAGGGAUAUCUAUUUGGAGGGACUCCUUCAAGGGAUAUAGGGGGAUUUUGGAAGGAUAUCUGGGGCAUAGGGAGACAUUUGGAGAGAUAUCUAGGGCAGGAGGAAGGGCUAUCUAGGAGAGAGGGAUAUCUAGGAGGGAGAGAUAUCUAGGAGAGAGGGAUAUCUAUUUGGAGGGAUAUCUCGGGCAAAGAGAGACAUAGAGUGGUUUAGAGCCUUGAGAGGCUUAUCUGGGGCAUACAAGCUUAUCUGGGGCUUAGAGCUUUUCGCAAAUAUUUGUCCGCAAAUAUUACAAUUAAUUAAAUUUUUAAUUAAUUAUAGAAGAAUUUAUUAAAAAUUUUUUAAAAAAAACAUUUCAAAAUCCAAUCAAAAAACUAUGUCAAUUCCAAAAACUUUAAAUAUUCUAGUUUUUGUUAUCAUCGUCUUAAAAUGUGUUAAUUGCAUGGACGAAAUUGAAGAGGUGCCUGAAGAAGCACCUUUACCGGGCAAGCCUUCUUCGAAAAAAUCUCCUAAAUUAGGAGGUCCAAGUAAAGCCAGUCAACAUCAUUCAGGCCUUAGAGUUGAAGUGCCUGAAGAAGUACAAGUACCACUUUUGAUGAACAAACCUUCGAAAAAUUUUCUGAGAAAAACUCAGUCAAGUGUAGUGGAAGGCAAUCAACAAAUGUCAAGCCCUAAAAGUGAUCAUCAUCUUUUACGAACACAAUCGGAACCAAAACCUCACGACUACAUGUCCUUAAACUCUCCCCACUCUCCAUUAAACAAAUCUCCUUUAAAGAGACAAGCAAGCCAAAGUUCAACAAAAAUUGGUUAUUUAGCUGCUCAAUGUGGGAAUUGUUUGAAUGAUGUUGUAACUUGCUAUGAAACCUGUGUAGGGAAAGGAAAACCGGAAGGUUAUACAAGUGAGGGAGAAGUAGAGAAGAAACUUGAAGAAAAAAGGAAUGUUUAUUAUAUCCCCUAAAAAUUUUUUUAAGAAAUUUUGAGGAAGGAGGGAUAGUUGAAACUGAGAAGAGAGGAUGAGAGAAAACACACAACCUUUAUCUGUCUUUUUUAAAUUUUUUUUUUAAAUUUUUUUUCUUGGGGUUUUAAAGAUUUUUUAUUGAAGAUUCAGAGAUUCAGUAUACGAUAUAUUAUCGUUAGUUUUUUAUUAUUAUGUGAUUACCGUAGAUUUGAAGAGGUACAGGCGAAUCACGAUAUAACCACCU